GAUUGGUAAAAUCAAUGACGUAAGGUAACCUACGACAACCCCCCUCGCCACGAAGUGUAUGUGUACCGAUUUUGCUUCAUGAAAGAUGAAUCUAUAUACACCCGCCGAUGGACUAUUUGGGACACAUGUCACUUGGGAAGAUAUUGAAGGGGACUUACAAAGAGAGCUUCACACUGCCGCAAAAUUUGGUGCUAACAAGACAGCGAAAAAUAUUGGAGACAUGAAAGGAUUCAUGUCCAGAAUGGUUCUCAUCGAUCCUGACUGGCAGAACAUUAACAAUGACCUCCCGAAAAAAUUUGUCGUUAAGAUUAUCUCUUCACUAGCAAUGCUCGAGCUUACGGAAAAACUAUCGAAAGCUCGCAACUUGCCGAAUCACUUCAGUACAGAAGAAAUGAAAAAAACCAUUGAGGUCAAGCAGUGGAAGGCUCACAACGUUGAAGUCAGCGUGUACAAUCAGUUACUGAAACUUCCAAAAGGAAAGAUGCCUAUGCCAAAGAUUUAUUACAUGAAAAAAUUUUCGGAUGUUAACCCGGUGAAAGGUUACAUAAUCAUGGAGUACGUCACUGACCUUCACUCUGUGCGUGUUUAUGAUAAUGUGCCCCCGGAAGCCAUAAUUGAGACACUUCACGCUUUAGCAGCAAUGGAAGCAAUGUCAUUAAAGUUUUCUUCGGAUGAAGAGAAACAGUUUCCAAGAAGAUUCUUUACAGAAUUCUACAAAGAUUUUCUUGCAGAGGACGCUUUACACAAUAUCAUGAAGAUUUGUCGCUCCUUUGCAGCGGGAAAAUUUGCGGCAAAAGCAGAUAAAAUAGAGGAAAUUUUGACCGCGCUUAUCGAUGAGCAGUGGCUUGAUCAGGUUCCAGAAGAGUUGGGAAUGCAACGUGUUCUUUGUCAUGGAGACUUGUGGUCUUCGAACAUGCUUUGGAAACAGAACAACAACAGCUUUGACAUGGUUGCUCUUAUCGAUUUUCAGACUGCACAUAUGGGAUGUCCGGCGACCGACAUCGCACGGUUAUUCGGUACUUGCCUGAGCGGAAGGUAUAAACAGCUUCAUUGGGAGGAACUUUUGGAGCAGUUUUACGAGUAUUUGUUAGAAGAAGUUGGCAAUGGAAAAAUGCCUUUCACUCUCGAUCAGUUGAAAGAGUCGUACCGCCGAGUUUUGCCAAUGUGCACCUUCCUCGUCUUAGCAACGGUUGCAGCUUUCUUUAAUGAGCUGGAAAAUUGCCCCGAAGAAGAUAAGAAGAAAAAGGGUAUGGAUAUUUUGACCGAGAAGGUGGGGUGCAUGAUGGAUGACAUACUCUAUUAUCAUGAGCGCAACAUGUUGCUUGGAAACGAGAAUAAGAAGCCUCGGUCUUGUUUGGAAAUCUCCAAAGAAUUGAAUUUAUAUACACCCGCCGGUGGCCUAUUUGAUACUCAUGUCACUUGGGAAGACAUAGAAAAGGAUCUACAAAGAGAAUUCCAUACGUCUGCAAGUUUCGGCCCCAAUAAAUCUGCGAUGAAUAUUGGAGAGGGCAGAGGAUUCAUGUCAAAAAUCGUACUUAUCGAGCCUGAUUGGCAACAUAAAGACAAAUACUUGCCUAAACAAUUUGUCGUCAAGAUUAUUUCUUCCUUAGCAAUGCUUCAAGUGUUUGGAGUAUUGUCUAGUGACAGAAACGCACCAGACGCUUUUAAGGAGAUGAAAAAACAGAUCGAGUCCAAUCAAAAGUUGGCUCACAACGUUGAGGUCAACGCUUACACCCACCUAUUGGAACUUCCUGAAGAAAAAGUACCUAUACCAAAGAUUUACUAUAUGGAGAAGUUUUCGGAGUCAAAUCCAGUCAAGGGUUAUAUAAUAAUGGAUUUCAUUGAUGAUCUCCAGUUAGUACAUGUUUAUGAUAACAUACCUCCGAAAGCUACAAUAAAGAUACUCCGCGCUUUAGCAGCAAUGCAAGCAAUGUCUAUGAAGUUUUCAGCGGAAGAGAAAAGAAAGUUUUUACCUUUGCCUUUCGCGAAUCUCUUUGACGAGUUAUUCGGUAAAGAGAAACAGCACAGCGUUGUUGCCACAUGCCACUCCUUUGCGCCGGCGCUCUCUGAAAAAAUCGACAAAAUGGAAGAAAUUUUACCUGCAAUUCUGGAUGCAGAAUGGCUCGAUCAAAUACCGGAGAAGUUGAAAAUGCAACGUGUACUCUGCCACGGAGAUAUGUGGUCUGCAAAUAUGCUCUGGAAAAGAAAUGGUGAAGAAAGAGUCGACAUGGUUGCGCUGAUCGAUUUUCAGACUGCGCAUAUGGGCUGUCCCGCAUUCGAUUUGGUGCGAUUGUUUGGCACAUGUCUCUGUGGCAGGUAUAGACAGUUACAUUGGGAGGAGCUAUUAGAGGAAUUUUACGCUUAUUUGGUAGAAGAAGUUGCUUACGGGGAGAUGCCCUACACCUUUGAACAGUUGAAAGAAUCAUAUCGCCGAUGCUUACCAAUGGGAUUAUUUUUCGCGUUGUUUGCUAUGUCCUUUUUCUUCGAUGAGGUAUUGAAGUGUAGUGAAGAAGACAAAAGGAGGAAGCAAAUCGAUAUUUUGAUCGAAAAAAUGGAAUGUGCUUUGGAUGACUUAAUAGUUUAUCACAAGCGCAACGUCAAGCUGAGGGAGCACAGCAACGUUAUUUUCAAGAAAAGGAGGCAAUAGUUCUGCUUCUCGAUUCUUUCGUUUGGAUUGGCUGAUAAAGCAUUACUCUUGUC